GCUUUGGUCUAACUUGGUAAAUUUUUGAAAAUGUCAAACCAAUGUAGGGUAAUUUGGUCAAUGGCCUCAGUAACACGGGAACUAAUCUUUGCAACUUUGGAGACGAUUUGCCAUUGCUACUACGCUGGCAUGCUGAUUAUGCAAGAGUCUGCUUGAAUUGGAGGUCGUGCCGCCAUUGAUUUUCAAACUUAGCAAAGAUGAAGCUUCUCUGCUCUUCUCUCUUGUCCAAGACACUGUAUAUAAAUGCCCAGAAAUUGGUGGCAAUCAUCAGAAUUCAAAAAUCCAGUAUAUUGCUUUUCGAAAUCCUAGACGCCUUACGCUCCUUCGGCGAAGCUGUAUUCGAUCCUGGUGACAUUAGUUUCUGUAUUGUCUAAUGCCAAGCGUCUACGACAACAAUCUGGACAAGACCCCGUCAUCUAUGGAGACAAAUGGCAACGGUGGCCACAAACUGGGGGAGGUUUCCGCACGUGUUGUGCCAUUGAUGGAUGCCGUGGUGAAGGUGUUUUGUGUUCAUUCAAUGCCCAAUUAUUCUCUUCCGUGGCAGAGGCAGAAGCAAGAUAGUUCCUCAAGUAGUGGAUUUGUCAUUUCAGGGAGGAGAAUUUUGACAAAUGCUCAUUCAGUGGUACACUACACUCAGGUUAAGCUCAAGAAGCGGGGUUCUGAUACUAAGUACUUGGCCACUGUACUUGCUGUUGGGACUGAAUGCGAUAUUGCUUUGCUGACCGUCAAAGAUGAUGAAUUCUGGGAAGGUGUUUCACCAGUGGAGUUUGGUGAAUUGCCUGCUCUUCAGGAUGCUGUAACUGUUGUGGGUUACCCAAUAGGAGGAGAUACUAUCUCUGUCACCAGUGGAGUUGUCUCACGCAGGGAGAUCCUCUCUUACGUUCAUGGGUGGUCUGAGCUAUUAGGCUUGCAGGUGGAUGCUGCCAUAAACUCCGGAAAUUCUGGUGGUCCAGCCUUCAACGACAAAGGCAAUUGCGUAGGCAUUGCAUUUCAGUCAAUGAAACAGGAAGAUGCCCAAAAUAUUGGUUAUGUUAUUCCUACACCUGUCAUCAUACACUUUAUUCAAGAUUUUGAGAGGAAUGGAUCAUAUACUGGGUUCCCAAUUCUUGGGUUUGAGUGGCAAAAGAUGGAGAAUCCGGACUUACGCAUAGCAAUGGGUAUGAAAUCUGAUCAAAAGGGAAUACUUGUCACACGAGUUGAAGCUACUGCUCCCGAAUCUGAGGUUUUGGAGUCAUCAGAUGUUAUCCUGAGCUUUGAUGGGGUUGGUAUUGGAAAUGAUGGAACAGUUCCUUUCAGGCAUGGAGAGCGUAUAGGUUUUAGUUACCUUUUAUCCCAGAAGUAUACUGGAGAUAAUGCCGAAAUUAAGGUACUCCGGGAUUCAGUGAUGCACAAAUUCAACAUCAAACUUGAUACUCACAAGAAGAUCAUUCCUGCGUGUACUGAGGAUGGACCUCCGUCAUAUUACAUACUCGCAGGAUUAGUUUUUACUGUCGUCUCAUUCCCUUAUCUCCAAUCAGAGUAUCCAGACCCUUCUGAUAUUCCUGUUGAGAUUUUGCACAAGCUUGAGCAUUCAAUGGCACAAUCAAAAGAUGAAGAGCUUCUUGUUAUAUCUCAGGUUCUUGUAGCUGACAUCAACAUCGGAUAUGAAGAUCUUGCUAACGCUCAGGUUCUUGCUGUCAAUGGUAACCCCGUGAAGAACUUAAAAAGCUUGGCAAGUAUGGUGGAGUCCUGCAACGAUGAAUUUUUGAAGUUCGAUCUAGAAUUCAACAAGACAGUCAUUCUUCGGACGGAGACUGCUAAAGCUGCUACUGCAGAUAUCCUGGCUACACACUGCAUACCUUCUGCAAUGUCUGACGAUCUUAAAUCAUAUGCUGAAGUUUGAAGCUCAGAUUUCCAGUUGCAGUUGUUUUACCUGAUGUAUAUUUCUUCACCUAUUUAGACAAUAGUCUGCAAGAAUUCUGUUUACACAAGCAAAUCAGUCAUCACAAUUGAGAAGUGUAUUUGAUAAAUUUAUUGUACUCCCCAUAAGUUGGUUAUUUUACCAUUUUUGAGAGUGAGCCAGUUAUUUGUAACUUAACACAUUGUUAAGUGAAAUAAUUAUCCUUUCUCCAUUCAGUUUAAA